AUGAGUUCCUACUUUACAAAACUAGGCUAUUUCUUGUUUGGAGUUGGCAUUGUAAAUCUCUCAUCCUACACUACUCUUAAGAACUAUCAAGAUAAAAAUAAGGCAGAGCUAGAAAAGAUAUUUGAGUAGCACUAAAAUGAACUCACAAUCAAGAAUUUAGAUGUUCAACCUCUUAAUUUAUAAGCAUCUGUUUUAUGA